AUGCCACAGACGUUUAUACAACAGCCCUUUGGUCUACCUGACUCGGAUACUGGCUUGUCUCGAAACAACUCUAACUCACCUUCGGCAAGGGAUAUUUUACUGGAAAAGAACGUUACCAAUGAACAACGAUAUCCCAGGAAGGAUGGCUACAACUAUUCUCAUAAUAUAAGCAAAACCAAUACAAGCAUCAAUACCAACACCAACACUACAAAUCUAAGGGAGAAAUUUUCUAAGAUUGGUAAGGAUACUUCUAGGUAUAACAGGACAGCUCUCCAUAUAUUAGAUAGUUUGAAGAAGAAUAAACUCCUGUUACAGGGUCAAUUACAGGAUAAAUCAUCACGCAGAUCGAGCUUAGAAGGAGAAAAUAACUUUGAAGUGUAUACAUAUCAAAACCCAAUAGAUGAAAACAAACAGAAUGGAGAAGAAUCAGCCUCACCUAAAUUAAUGCUUAGCAGAAGUACCUCAAAAGUAAACGAUCUCAAUGACAGUAUAUUGGUACAGUUUGAUGAUAGGUCAAAGUUAAAUAGUCGCAGAUCUUCAAUAUUUGAACCAGCUAACGUGGAUAUGGGAAUAAACAAUGACUUAGCUUCUAAAGAAAUAGGCAUUGAUAAUGUUACGAAAAGCAUAUCUAGACUGGCCAAUAGCAAUGAUUAUGUAGUAUCUAGAUCUCAUAAUGAGGAAAUAUCUCAAAUAGCAGGGAAUCCGAGAGUGAAAAAAUAUUUAUCAAAGAGAGGUGCCUUGAAGGGCGACUCUAUCGAUAACAAGGCUGAUCAAAAACUGUAUAUGUAUGGGAAUGGCGAAAAUAGAAUUGAGAGUCAUACUGAGACAGGCCAUUUUGAACAGCAUGCAUUUGGUAAUUGUAAUGACGUUGUAAAAGGAAACCCGGACAUCAAUGGCUAUGAAAAUAUUGAUGACGAUGAUGGGCAAUAUCCUAAUGAACCGGAGGAUUGCUCAAACGAGUUUAAUAAUGACGACACAGACACUACAGAUACUAAUCAGAGGAAAAACAAUGAAGAAAGUAAAGACGAUGAAGAAGAAGAUGAAGACCAAGGAAAUAAUAGCAAUAGCAAUGAUAAAGCUAACAAUAGUAACAAACCUACACAAGCAUUAGUACAAAAGUUACAAGACAUUUAUAAGAAUAUUGUUAGACAAGAAGUAGAACUACAGGAAAAAUGUGCCCAGUUGACUUCAUCCCAAACUACAGAUCUUAACAGCAUAUGGUCAAUUUACAGAAUAAAUGUUGAAUUAGUUACUAACUAUGUGACAUUCAUAAGCACAGCUCUUCUAUCUUCUCAAUCACAGUACGAUCUUAUGAUCGGUCAGGAAAUAGUAGAAACAUAUAGAAUUGGUAGAAGAUUAUGGGUCUACGGGACAAUUACAUUCCUUGAUGUAUUAAAGAACUUUUCAAGCUUUAUGGACCCUGAAGUUUGCUCACAAUUUAUAACUCACGUCUUCAUAUCUAUAUCUACAAUGCUUGCUGACAUCCCAACAAAAUAUUCAAUCCCUUGGAUGCAAAGAUUGGGUGAUCUUUCAAGAAUGGCAAUAGCACUAUAUCCAUCAGGAUUCAUUGAUUGGAAGCUAAGUUCGGAAUACUGGUAUAACCAAGCCCUAAAGUACACAUAUGGAUACGGAAAAUUAUAUUAUCAUAUGUCUACAAUACAACAAAAUACAUUAGAGGCUUUCGUGAAUUUAGGGAAAAGUGUAUUCUGUCAAGAUACCUUUAUACCAUCUCCUCAGUAUAUGCAGUUGGUUAUCGACAAUAUUUAUCAACGUGCAUUCAUUGAAAGAGGUAGCAAUAAUACAAGAAAUUCGCAGCUAAUUGAGUAUUUGAAACAUAGUGAGGUGAUGCUGCUUCCUAAUUUUAUAGGCAACGAGAAUCUUCAAAAAGUUGUAAUGACAUACUUUGAGCAUAAAUUUGGUACAGAUCUGCAUGAUUUGAACAUUUUUCAACCACGAGAUAUAUUUUUACAGAAUCCGGAGAACCUGAAAUAUUUUUUUAGGCAUGCUCCUGCAUUUGCUGAAUCACAUAUACUCCAAACUGUAGGUUUCGGUGAUUCAAAAAAUCCUUUUGCUUUACUCUUUGAUUUGCCUAAAUUCCUGAAAGAGAAGAAGGAUAAAAAAGAUAGGAAGAAAACUAAAAGCAGUGGUGAACCAACUUCUAAUGAAUCUGUGAUGAGUUUAGACAAUAUUUCAACAGAUUCAUUGAUCUCCUCAGAUCAAUAUUUCAGCAAUUUGGAGUCUAUGCAACAUCCAUACCUCCCACCUCCAAGAUAUGACAUCUGGCUAAAAUCUCUCUCAUAUCUUAAUUUAACUGCUGUUCAAUGCGGCGUUAUUGUUUUAAGAAAAUUUUUGCAUGGGCCUUUUGUAGUUGCUUUACCACAUUUGAUGGUGUGGACAUAUUUUAUCAUAUCAGUCUGUUUGAAAUCGGAAACUUUGGUAGAUGAAGAGAGCAGGUAUUUCUGGAGCUCAUUUAUGCGGAGAUUACUACCAUUGAAUAGUAUUGUGAGUUUUUUAAAUGUCCUGAUUGCAUAUGCAUUAGAUAACUCAUACUAUUCUACUUUGAUAAGUUCGAUUAGUGAAGAACUGGACUCAAUGGAUCUACAAGAACUUUUGACUAAGUUUAACAACAAUGAAGAGUUACCCGAGGUUUGGAAAUGUUGGGGUACACUUUGGUUUGAUGCUAUUACCGAUAAGAGCAACACUGAUACAAACAGCUAUGAAAAGAUUGGUGUAUCUGAUCAUUUAUUUUUUGAUUCCCCAAUAGAUGGAAUUGUUUUCGAUUCAAAAGACGAAAAUGGGGAAAAGUUCUGGAAAAGGGCAUUGCGAAUAAUUUUUCUGUUCAAGAAGAUCGCAGAAACGUUUGACAUUGGAAUAACGCUAAGUCAUACCGCUCCUGUCUAUUGUAGACGUGAUGACGUUGAGUUAAAUCACAUUUUAGGCUCAUUUUCCUUCAAGAUCGAACAACACUUGUUAAAUGGUAAUACCGUCCAAGUUGAAAUUGAAAACUGUCUUGGGGCGAUCAUAGAAAUGACUGAAAUGCCCAAUGAAGUUAACAUUACAAUGGACGCAACACCACCAAUGAGCCUUCAAGAGAAUGAAAACAUAUUUGAAUAUACCGGUUAUAAAAGAAUUGCCCCAGAACUUCAAAAUUUUGAUAAAAAUGGUGAAUUAAGAAGUGCAGCAAACUAUACAUCGUGGUAUUCUGCUCAGGAGAUAGUACCUAAAUCUGCUGCCUCACCAGAAAAUAGUGUUGCUGGCAGCUCACCAGGUAGAUCUUUCCAAUCACAAGAUGUUGAGGAAAAUAUAUUUUCUGUAUUCACUAAUGAAGAAGAAAAUUCAACCUCCUUAUUAGAUGGAUUGAAUCUGGAAACGACUUCCUUUGUAUUAGAUGCUACUUCUUGGCUCAGACACUCUGCGCAUAUUUAUAAGCUUGCAAGCAACAGCUUUUUGGUCUUUUCAAUUUGUUUGACAACUUUCCAGGAAUUGCGCUUUUUGCGAAAAUCUAAGGACGAAAAUGUAAUGGAGGCCGCUGCUAGAGCAAUUAUUAUAAUAAGACAGCUAUAUAGUGAUGGCAAGGUUAUUCCGUUAAGAUUUACUGGAAAUAUUGCCACACAUAUCGAAGAGCAUUUAGAAUUCGAAGAGCAGAUAACAUGGAGAUCCCAUGUGGAUGAAUUUGUUAUCGAAUCAAUAAGUAAAGCUCAAAAGAAGUUCUUGCAACCAUUUGUACAGAAUCCUGUUGACAACGAUUCAAGAUUUUUUGUACUAGUCAGUGAUGAUGAAAACAUGAAAAGAAAGGCUCACGAAAAAGAAAUAAGAACGUUUACUACUAGAUUUGUUUUUGCAUUAUGUAGUGAAAUGGGGAAAGGAAGAUUAAUUUGUACCAACUAA